UAUGAGUAAACAACAUGGCGGCGUCCCUGCGCUACCUGUGUCGUGCGGGAAGACAGCUGGUCAGGGGUGGUUUAUUGAAGACGCACACCUUUCCCGGGCCCCUUACUGCGCCCAGACACAGAGCAACACAGGCUGCCGCACAGGUGGUGUUAAAUGUUCCUGAAACGAAGGUGACCACGCUGGAGAAUGGGCUCCGGGUGGCGUCCGAAGACUCGGGUCUACCCACGUGCACAGUUGGCCUGUGGAUCGAUGCAGGAAGUCGGUAUGAAAACGAAAGGAAUAAUGGCACAGCUCAUUUUCUGGAACAUAUGGCCUUUAAGGGCACAAGGAAGCGUUCUCAGCUCGACCUGGAGCUGGAGAUCGAGAACAUGGGAGCUCACCUGAACGCAUACACUUCGCGAGAGCAGACUGUCUACUAUGCUAAGGCCUUUUCUAAGGAUCUCCCCAGAGCUGUGGAGAUCCUCGCUGACAUCAUUCAGAACAGCACCCUGGGGGAGGCAGAGAUUGAACGUGAGCGAGGUGUCAUCCUCAGGGAGAUGCAGGAAGUGGAGACCAACCUGCAAGAAGUGGUCUUCGACUACCUCCAUGCCACGGCGUACCAGGAAACUGCGCUUGGCAGAACUAUCCUAGGGCCCACCGAAAACAUCAAAACUAUAAACAGGGCUGAUCUUGUGGAAUACAUCACGUUACACUACAAAGGCCCCAGAAUUGUGCUGGCAGCUGCUGGAGGAGUUUCCCAUGACGAGCUCAUAGAGUUGGCGAGAUACCACUUUGGGAAGCUGCCUGCUAGGUUCAAAGGCGAGGCCCCGGCUCUUCCGCCAUGCAAGUUCACUGGCAGCGAAAUCCGUGUGCGUGAUGACAAGAUGCCCUUGGCACAUAUUGCUGUAGCAGUUGAGGCCGUGGGCUGGUCACACCCGGACACCAUCCCCCUCAUGGUGGCCAACACACUCAUUGGAAACUGGGACCGGUCGUAUGGGGGAGGCGUGAACCUCUCCAGCAAGUUGGCACAAAUGGCUUGCCAGGGCAACUUAUGCCACAGUUUCCAAUCCUUCAAUACAUGCUAUACAGACACAGGCUUGUGGGGGCUCUACAUGGUGUGCGAGCCAGCCACCAUCAGCGACAUGCUGCAUUUUACCCAGCAGGAAUGGAUGUCUCUGUGCACCACUGUCACUGAGAAUGAGGUUGCAAGGGCCAAGAACCUCCUCAAGACAAACAUGCUUCUGCAUUUGGAUGGCUCCACACCCAUUUGUGAAGACAUCGGCAGACAGAUGCUUUGCUACAGCCGCAGGAUUCCUCUCCAUGAACUAGAAGCUAGGAUUGAUGCCAUUAAUGCACAAACCAUUAAGGAUGUUUGUACAAAGUACAUCUACAAUAAACCCCCUGCCAUUGCAGCUGUAGGACCAAUUGAACAACUGCCAGAUUACAAUCGGAUCCAGAGUGGAAUGUACUGGCUGAAGCCUUGACAACCUGCACUCUAGAGCAGGGACCGUAUAUGCAUGUGCAUCAUUAAACCAUACCUUCAAAGCACAGUAUUUCGUUCUG